ACCACCGGGCUCCUGCCGCCGCCGCCUCCUUCCUCCUCCUCCUGCCGGGCUGAGCGGCGGGGUCGUCGGCAGCGUGACACAAAGCGGUCGGCUCCGGUCUCCUCUUCAUGGCAGGGAACUUCUGGCAGAGCUCGCACUAUUUACAAUGGAUUUUGGAUAAACAGGAUUUGUUGAAGGAACGCCAAAAGGACUUGAAAUUUCUGACAGAAGAAGAAUAUUGGAAACUGCAGAUAUUCUUUACUAAUGUCAUCCAGGCUUUAGGUGAACAUCUUAAAUUAAGACAACAAGUUAUUGCCACUGCUACAGUCUACUUCAAGAGAUUCUAUGCCAGAUAUUCCCUAAAAAGUAUAGAUCCAGUAUUAAUGGCUCCUACGUGUGUGUUUUUGGCAUCCAAAGUAGAGGAAUUUGGUGUGGUCUCAAACACAAGGUUGAUUUCUGCUGCUACUUCUGUAUUGAAAACUAGGUUUUCUUAUGCCUUUCCGAAGGAGUUUCCUUAUAGGAUGAAUCAUAUAUUAGAAUGUGAAUUCUAUCUUUUAGAAUUAAUGGAUUGCUGUUUGAUAGUGUAUCAUCCUUAUAGACCUUUGCUCCAAUAUGUGCAGGAUAUGGGCCAAGAAGACAUGCUGCUACCCCUCGCAUGGAGGAUAGUGAAUGACACAUAUAGAACUGAUCUUUGUCUACUGUACCCUCCCUUCAUGAUAGCCCUAGCUUGCCUACAUGUGGCCUGUGUUGUCCAGCAGAAGGAUGCAAGGCAGUGGUUUGCUGAGUUGUCUGUUGAUAUGGAGAAGAUUUUGGAAAUAAUCAGGGUCAUUCUAAAACUGUACGAACAGUGGAAGAACUUUGAUGAGAGGAAAGAAAUGGCUACUAUUCUUAGUAAGAUGCCUAAACCGAAACCACCUCCAAACAGUGAAGGAGAACAGGGUCCAAAUGGAAGUCAGAAUUCCAGCUAUAACCAGUCUUAAGACAUUCCAAAGAACUUUAUUAUGGACCACUUUGGAUCAAGACAUACUGGGAACUUAAUUGUGUUCAUGAAAUGGACAGAAGGUUUUAAUAAUGUCUUUGACAAAGAACUUGAAGAAUAAAUGGCUUGUUUCUAUCAAGCAUGUUGAAAGCUUUUUCUUUAAAACUGCAUGAACCCCUUUAACACUGGAACAACCGUAUUAGCAAGAUUUUUCAAUGUAAGGCAUUCAAAAGUUUUGAACAGAGCUUCAAAAGAUUCACACAUCCACUUCAGUAUUAAUAGCUGAAUACUGUUUUGUUUGUU